UGAGCAUCUGUCAUAUACCUGCGAAGUCGCGGGUCCCGGGCCCCCUCCCCUCCACACCCGGUGCCACAUCGGUAGAAUUCGUGUCCGGACCGGUCUGACUGGCCUCGUGCGGGCCACCCCGGUCACCAUGGCCUCUGAGGCACUGGGACCUGGCCCACAGGACACAGGACGAGAGGGUAGACUGCUGCCAUCACCACUCCAGGCUGGGCCAUGGACCCACAUGAGAUGGUCGUCAAGAACCCGUAUGCCCAGGUCAGCAUCCCCCGGGCUCACCUGCGGCCAGACCUGGGGCAGCAGCUGGAGGCGGCUCCCUCUUCCUGGGAGUCACAGCCUCUACCUGCAGGGUCCUGCCCCUCAGAGCCCACCCGGCUCCUGCAGCCCACUGAGGAGGCCCCAGGGAGCAAGGAUGCCAAGGGUGCCAAGGGGGCCACCCAGACCCAGGGCCAACAGGCCUGGCUGCAGCCCGGCAACCCUUAUGGUAGUGGGCAGCACCCAGCAGGACUGACCUAUGCUGGCCGGCCCCCCAUGGGGCGCGGGGAUGACAUCGCCCACCACUGCUGCUGCUGUCCUUGCUGCUCUUGCUGUCAUUGCCCUCGCUUCUGCCGCUGCCACAGCUGCUGCUGCAUCGUCUCCUAGCCCAGCAGCCACACCAGUGCCCACAUACUUGGGGCAGCCACUGGACCAUUGUCAUGGGUGUUGGCCACUUCCCACCCCAGACAGGAGCAGCUACCUGGCAAGAAGGCCAACAACCCGGCUCCGGCACCUUGCCAGAGAGGCGGGACACCUGCUGUGGUGGCAGCCCUGGGUAUACCCCCCUUUGCCUCCCUGGAGGCCCAUGGCCCAGGCAAUAAAGCAGUGAGCUAUGUUCUGGUUA